GAGUAUAAGUGUACGAUAUGAGUGCAACUGCCGGAGUCUUUCUACCAAGGCACGUGUAGCUGUAAAGCACAACGAUAGCGGGUAUAUAUUAAGAUAUGAGUUUUGUCUUUACAAAGUAAAGCAACACAACACUAAUUCAGGUCGAUCUGCGUUUGAUUACUUUCUCUCACAGAUAGUUACCUAAAUUUAGCUUUGCUAUAAUAUGUUUUUUAAAACACAUGAUCCUUGCCUAGCGAAUGCCAAAUCAAGGGUGAGAAUAUAAGGUUCCCGGGUUAAGUUUGUACAGCACACGGCCAAUACACCUGCAGCUGGAGACGAUCCGCAUACUAAGCUGCGUGCCACCACAGCCAAACAGCAAACAUGUUUAAUCAUGACGAUGCUGCACAGAUGUUGUUCCACAUUCCAACGGUUGACUCAUUCGCUGAAUCACGGAAGUCAGACAGACGGAGGAUACUCAUAUUACAAGCCUGGAACUACAACGAAGGGUCGCCACCACGGUAACAACGAUCAUCGGUGUGCUGAGUGUGUAGAAAAGGUAUUAUAAAAUAGGGUCAGCUAGGGAACCAGCUUCAGUCUUAAGACUAAAGUCGUAAGCUAAAAGUGUCACUCGGAUUAAAAUAUGAAAAUAACGUUCAGCGUAUUCGGCGGAAUAUCAGUAACAAUAGCAAUUCUGAUGGUCGGCAUAAUAGUGUACGUAAAAACAAAGAAAUACACUAACAUCACGAUAGAAUCAGCGAUCUUCAGAAAAUCACGCAAAGGAAAAACCAAACCAAGCCAAAAGAAUUCCUGCACGUCUGCGGGUUUGCCGUGUCUCCGGAAUGCCCGAGGUGCUCCGGAGGAGUGGUCGAGUCCGUGGGGCACGUGAUGUUCCAGUGUCCGGCGUUUGAAGACGUGAGACGAGAGCUGUUGUAUUGGAUUACGGCGAACCAAAUAGACUCCAGCAACCUGCCAUCAAAACUGCUAGAGAGUAAGGAGAAUUGGUGCCGUGUACAGGAGGCUGCAAAGUUGGUGAUGUCGGCGCUGCAGCAGAUCUGGCGGGAUGAGGAGGUCGCCAACAACAACACUGCCAACCAGGCAUCUCCAGAGGCUCAGGAGGCGGCCGAGCAAACGAUAGAGCUGAGCAGCAACUGGCGGCGGAUGUGCGUGCGGCGCAAGCUGCUCGUGACGAUGAGAUACUGUGGACGGCAGUCGAGACCGAGAGGCUGGGAACAGCGCCACCCUCCAUUCCCAGACGCAGCAGGGGGAGACCACCAUCCCCUGAGACACUGCGUAUGAGGCGUGAGCGUCGGAUUUAUAUGCAGAGAAUAUGGCGAGGUCGAAUGAGGGAUGGAAUGCUGCCACCGGUUCCUUCCGGAGGAGAUCGGAGACGUCGGGCUGCGCCAUCCGAGAUGGAGCUGAUCCGACGACGGCGAAGAAGGAACGAGAUGGAGAGGACACGACGGCAGCGGACAGCUGCAGAAAGGGGUCGCGCUCCAGCUCGACAAACUUCGGCAGAGGAAGCUUGGUUAAAGGAAGCAGCGACGUCGGGUCGCUAACGAAGGACAUCUUUUGGGGAGGGCUCUUAAGGCCAAUCGGGUUGGAAUGUAUGUUCGGAAUCGGAAAGCAACGGAAAGAUUCAAACUUUUUCGCAAAAGCCCUAGCGGGGGAAGUCGAAGAAGAAGGAGCAAAAGAUUUGUUCAGCGAAAAAAAAAACUGAAUAAAACAAAAUCUUUUGAAUUGUUAAAAAAAGAGCCGAAAGUCCGAGGACGAACUUUAAUCUACCCCCGAAGGAGUUACAUGAUUGGGUAUCAUGAGUCACCAGCACUAUUGAUCGACCCCAACGCCAUGAGCCCCUCCUAGGAAACACCUUGGCCCGUCGAGAGGGAUAAUGUUUGGAUGCGAACCCCUAAAGGAAGAUACGGUUGUGGAAUACAGCUACAUUAGCGAUAACAGCACUCCCUCAACAUCGAGAUCAUCCCACUGGAAGUAACCGUCGUGGAAUGUGGAGACGUCCCUUGAAAUUGCAAGUCU